ACUAGUAUAGUGGAACUAGCGAUGGAGAAGCGGCAAAAGCAUCGACGCGACUCGAGGAAGUGGGAAAAAGCCUCUGCUAGCUGCUAGUUUGGCGUUUCAAUGUCAGUAACUUUGCACACGAAUCUGGGUGAUAUAAAGUGUGAGAUCUUCUGCGACGAGGUUCCAAAGAGUGCCGAGAACUUUUUGGCGUUAUGUGCAAGUGGCUACUACGAUGGUACCAUAUUUCAUAGAAAUAUCAAAGGGUUCAUGAUUCAAGGAGGAGACCCUAAUGGCACCGGCAAAGGAGGAACUAGCAUCUGGGGCAAGAAAUUCAAUGAUGAGAUCCGUGACUCCCUUAAGCACAAUGCAAGAGGUAUGCUCUCAAUGGCAAACAGUGGCCCAAACACCAACGGAAGCCAGUUCUUCAUAACCUACGCAAAACAACCACAUCUCAAUGGAUCGUACACCAUAUUUGGCAAAGUCAUCCAUGGCUUCGAGGUGCUUGACAUAAUGGAAAAGACUCAAACAGGGCCAGGAGAUAGGCCGCUUGCAGAGAUAAGGCUAAACCGAGUGACGAUCCACGCCAAUCCACUUGCUGGUUAGCUCGAUUGUUGUGGACUUGAUAUAAGCUGAGAGACAUGAUGCAGAAGUGAUGGUUUGACAUGUGAAAGAGUUGAGUUUGUACUGGAUUGAACAACAAUUGCUAAGUGUACGUUGAAAGGGGUUGUGUUUUGUGUCUAGUCUAAUAUAUAGAGCCUCCUCAGUUGACACAAA